AACAAAGACUGCUUCAGACCUUAGCCUACAUCUUCAAACUUCCACCUCCUCCCUCACGCGCCACCCUGCGCGCGUGCCCCUCCACCCCCACCUGUUUUCUCUAUUAACGUGACCAACUCUCACAACAACUCUCUCUUUCUCUCUCUUCAACGCAACACAAAGUCACAAACUAACAACAACGAACGAAACUCGAACAACAACAACAACGACAACAUAGUUUGUGUUUUGUGAAACCAAAACGAGAUUCAUCUCCAAAUUUCGGUUCUUUCGUUCCAGAGCCCUUGAUUUCCCCAUUCACCAUACUUACAGGGACUUACUUUGCUUUUGUUGCCGUGUUAUCUGUUCAGGCUCUGGUGUUCAAGGCCAUUCAUCCAGUGUGCAAAGUAAUCCCAAAAAAAUGUCAAUUCUGAAGGUGGUUCGAAAAAUUCAGAACUCCUUCCGGAAUUCCUGAAAUCUGGUCCUAGGAAAGAACUUCUGAGAACGUCCUUUGAUAAGGACAAAAAGAACAGUUCUACAAAGAUCAGGAUGACAGAAACAAAGUCAACUAGCAAGAUUUCCAAGAAACAGGAUUCGAAAAAAUAUUCUGCUCCUAGCAAUCAGCUUUCAAGGAAACAACAUCGAAAGGGUGAAAACCCUACUCGAUUCAUUCCAACCUCCGACCCACCUUCUGAUUUUGGACAUUCUGACUCGUGGAUCUGUAAGAAUUCGGCUUGUAGAGCAGUUCUGUCUAAAGAUGAUACAUUUUGUAGAAGAUGUUCUUGCUGUAUUUGCCACCUUUUCGAUGAUAACAAGGACCCUAGUCUUUGGUUGGUUUGCACAUCCGACUCAGCCCAAGGUGAUUCCUGUGGUAUGUCUUGCCACAUCGAGUGUGCUCUUCAGCAUGAAAAAGUGGGAGUAGUUGAUCAUGGGCAACUGAUGCAACUAGAUGGCAGUUAUUGUUGUGCAUCCUGCGGCAAAGUUACCGGGAUACUUGGAUGUUGGAAGAAGCAGCUAAAUAUAGCAAAAGAUGCUCGGCGUUUAGAUGUGCUGUGUUACCGGAUAUAUUUGAGCUUCAGGCUUCUGAAUGGAAGUUUAAGAUUUAAACAACUUCAUGAAAUUGUACAAGAGGCGAAGGCUAAAUUAGAAACGGAAGUUGGUCCAGUUAAUGGGGUUUCUUCCAAGAUGGCACGCGGCAUUGUCAGCAGACUCCCUAUUGCCGGUGAUGUACAGAAACUCUGCUCUCUUGCUAUUGGGAAAGCUGAUGAAUGGUUGGCCACUGUUCCCAGUUCAAAUCCAGAAUCCGGAGAGGGCUCCCUUCCCGCGGCCUGCAAGUUUGUUUUCGAAGAGGUAACAGCUUCAUCAGUCAAAAUAAUUUUGAUUGGAAUAUCAAAUGCGUCUUCCGAGGAAAUUAAGGGUUACAAGCUCUGGUAUUACAAGAGUAGGGAGGAAUCACACACAAAAGAUCCUGUUUGUGUCUUUCCGAAAGCUCAGAGGAGGAUUUUGAUAUCUGAUCUCCAGCCAUGCACAGAAUAUACUUUUAGGAUUAUAUCUUAUACCGAUAAGGGCGAUUUAGGUCAUUCUGAGGCCAAGUGUUUCACCAAGAGCAUAGAGAUAUUGGAAAAAAGUCCGUCUUCAUCGGUUGCCAUCGGCCGCAAGAAGGAGAGCCUUCAAACUGGAGACAAUUCUUUUGGAUCCAAAACGGAGCCGAGUUCUUCAAUGGUUGAUUCUGGAUUUAAAGUUCGAGACCUUGGAAAACUUUUGCAUCUUGCCUGGGCUCAAGAACCACGAGGCCUCGAUUUAAAUGUUGCUUCGGUGCCUGAUUUAAAUGAAGAACUUACACCUCCUUUCGAGUCUUCCAGGGACGAAGAUAAUGGUUGCACUUUGCAGCAGGCAGUUGAGCCGGACGACGAUGCAGCCUCUCAUGAUCUCGAAAAAAACUGUUUGGCAGGGUCGGAUGGUAGUGGUGAUUCCCAAAUCUGGACACAAGGGCCGACCGGAGAAGUCCCGGCUGUUGACUCUCGUGUAGAUGCAUGCAAGAAAAGGUUAGCAAGCUCGAACGAAGAGGCGCAUGAUUGUGACAGCACUCUGAUGAAUGGAUCUCCUUUGCACAUAGCGGAUGGUUCGUUCUCAUUGGACGAGAACUUCGAAUAUUGUGUGAAAGUGAUUCGUUGGCUAGAAUGCCAGGGUCAUAUUAAACAGGAGUUUCGGUUGAAGUUGCUGACAUGGUUCAGUUUGAGGUCGACGGAGCAAGAACGUAGGGUGGUUAACACGUUCAUUCAGACUCUGAUCGAUGAUCCGAGUAGUUUGGCCGGGCAACUCGUCGACUCAUUCUCCGAUAUUAUAUCAAUCAAGAGGGCAAGAAAUGGGUUGUGUAUCAAAGCUGUGGGAUCAAAUUAAGGGUGUGGUUUGCUUCUUUCAAGGCUCUUACCAUUUUACAGUGACAAGAUCACCUUGUACAGGCAUUUUUUAUUGCUCACCUUCUAAGUGAUUCAUUAUUGUUAUUAUUGGGGACAUUGAUGUUUCUUUGUCCUGCUAAAGGGAUUUGCAUUGAUGAUUAUUGCAGAGGCAGUAACACAUUUUUCCUUGGAGGGAUGAUCCUUGGAAGUGAAGAUUUAAGGAUGUUAGGUCUUAGGAGGCAUUUUGCUAUUUGCUCAAUUUAUUGCAAUUAUUUUUAAAACUAUGAAUUUAUUUAAUCAGCAAGAUAUUAUUAGUGUUGAUACUUUCUUUUUCUAUCUCAUUUUUCAAUUACUUUCAUUUGAUGGAGCGACAA